AUGCUAAACGACAGAAGCUCGCCGAAAUUGUCGCAAAGGACACAACCUUUUUUGAUUUUUUUGCUCGCCAUCUUUAUCACGAUCUGCAUAGUCCUUGGAGUUUCCUUUUUGGCAUCUUUGCUCUUUUCAGAUUCUCGCGGUGGAAAUUGGGACUUUUCAACUUACCAAGCCGAGCCUUUGGAAUCUACACGGCUAUUUUUCAACCCUUUUUCCUUAUUUAACAGAGAAACUCCGCAAAAUGACGGAAGGCUUGAUGAAGAUCAAAAAUUCUUCCUCUUUGACGGCCAUGCUCAUACGCUAGCUUCAGAUGGGCAAAUGAGUGUCCCCCAAUUGCUUGAAUGGGCCACAAAGUGUGGUCGAUAUGAUGCGAUUGCCAUUACGGAUCACAAUACAUUUGAAGGUGGAAUCAGUGGCAGGGAGUUUGUUCGUAACAGAAAUCUCUCCGUUGUCGUGUUUGCCGGCAUGGAAUAUUCGUCGUGUGCUGCACAUAUGAACAUCCUCAUUCCUCCGUCAAUAUCCGAUGUCGAUUUACGAGCAUUUGAAAAGCAAGAAAGCAUUGCCCCAUCUGGUGCAUUGACCAUUCCCAAACCAUCUGUCAAUGAACUGAUGGCAUUUGUUGAGAGAAUCCAUGCCCAGCUUCCGGGGUCCCUCGUGAUUCUGAACCAUUUCUCAUGGUCUACAAAAUAUGAGCGGCAAGGUUCGAUGGAAAAGACGCUCCCGUACCACCCCACCCUCGAUCAGUUUAUUUCAUCAAUCAAGGUCGAUGGGUUUGAAGCAAUCAAUGGCCACACGUUGGAAGCCUCGCUUUUAUCCUCGCCGUUGAUAAAUUCUUCUUUUUUGCUGGUUUCUGGAUCAGAUGUUCAUUAUCCCAUAUCGCCUACAUGUUGGACAGCUCUGAUUCCAGACCCCAUUGAUGCCGAAAGCGAGCGAGAAACCAUGAUGUGGAAUGCUCUUUUGCGCUCUAAAGAGCAUCCUCUUCUUGCGCUACGUCCAGAGGGAGCCGCUCCAAUUCCUUCACAAGUGCUAUCUGCAAUUUCUUUUUUCAAGAUCUUUCUUUAUCCCCUUAGCGCGAUAUCCUCUAUUUUUGUGUCGACGUUUAUUUCGGUGGACAGUGGAAUGUAUAGCUUCAUCGAUGGAGAGCGGUGUCAUCAAUUGUCUUGGCAUUUGUGCUGA